AUGUUCAGCAUGGACUCCCUGCAGGUGGCCGAAGAGGAGGUAGUGGAGUCGACGUCCAGCCGCCUGGAGGACAUUCACACCUUUCUAGCGGAGGGCUGCUACCCGCAGACCAUGAACCCCAUGCGGAGGAAGAACCUGAAGCGAUACGCGGUGAAGUUCGUUAUGGAAGAGGAGUGCCUCUACUACGUGGGGCCGAAGAAGGACGAGAAGAGGGAGGUGGUGAUCGACGCCGAGCGCAAGCGGCAGAUCUUCAUGGAGUGCCACUUUAACGAGGUCGGCCAUCACCUGGGCCAGAAGAAGACGGUGCACCGCAUCCAGAGCAAGUACUAUUGGCUGGGCAUCGUCAAGGACGUGGUGGACUGGAUCAAAGUCUGUGAACCGUGCCAACGCGCAGAGCUCAAUAAAAGCAUGACGAGGACGAUCCGCCCCAUCAAGGUGGAGGCUCCCUGGGAAAUAGUGGGAAUCGAUGUUUUCGGACCUUUCCCUGAGACAAGACAGGGCAACACCAAUGUGGUCAUAAUUACAGAUUAUUUGAGUAAGUGGAUAGAAGCCACCCCUAUUCAGAAGAGGGACUCUCUUUCUGUGGGGAGAUGCAUUUCAACCGCUGUAUACAGGUUCGGGUUGGUGAAAACGGCAUUCUGCUCCGAGAGUGUGGACUUCUGCGAGGAGGUGAGCAGGCACCUGUGCGACAGGUGGAACGUGGUGCUGAAGGUCAGCCACGUGGGCCAGCCCCAGGUCAAAGCCCUGUAUGACCAGAGCAGCAGUGCGCUAAAGGAAGCAGUCAGGCAGCUGGUGACCGAGAAGCAGGCUGAGUGGGACGAUUUUCUGGACCCGCUUCUGUUCAUCUUCCGCACCUCAGCCAACCCCACCACCAAGUUCACACCUUACUACCUGAUGUUUAACAGGGAGGCCCGGAUGCCCAAUGCGAGGGAAGCUGACUUCCUCAAAUACCACCCCGGACAGGAAGUCUUAACAGCCAAAGAUCAGGGUGGCAGCAACUUCAUGACAGCCAUGCAGGAGCAGCAGAACACGGUCAAGCAGCUGGUCAUCGCCAACAUGAAUGCGGCCUACAGACAGGAGAAGAAGAACGGCAAGCGGCCGGCUAGGGCUGGGAACCCCCUGCUGACCCCCGGGGAGCCGCCACCCAUGAAGAAGCUGAAGGAGGCCUUCCUCCUGCCGUUCCCCGUAGCCGCAGUGCUGGACUCUGAGCACAGCGGCACCCCCAACAAGAAAAGCGGUCUGGACUAUUCCCCUGCCCAUCCCUGACGUCCACUGACAGUCGCGACAGUGGAGGGGGCCACGGACAGGCAUCUCCUCUGGCCUUCGAGGGGAGGGCAGAGAAGUUUCAGUAGUGACCCCACCCUCGUCACGCCGGCAAAGCACGAUGCUGACCAGUCAGAUGGUCACUAAAGUCUGCCGGGUUGUUCUGAACCUGACCAUCUUCACCCGGUGUCACACGGCAAUGGCGCUAGAUCCUGUUCCUGCCAUAAGUGUUUUUAUUGAAAGGGGUAGAGGAGAAGACCGUCAUCGACAAAGAAAGAGUGAAACGCGGGAAGUGGUCUCGUACCUUGGCUGAUCCCUGUUGUACUUGCAGCACCACUACUGUGUCAAAAGAUCAUUUUAACCAUUUUUUUGUUAUUAGUUUCAAAAUUACUUCCCCUACCAACUUGCCCAAGAUUAUCCUUUGAGCAAUAUUCUAAGUGACACUCUGCCAGUGACAUUUCCAAGAGGAGAGAAUUUAUUUUUAACACUAUUUAAACUUGAUGUUGAAUGUAGAGUCUUGCAUACGGACUGUUGAACAAGCUUUAUUCCCCAUCACAGCAGAUGGUAUUUGCUUUUCAGUGAACUUAAGAAUGAAUCUGAUCAUGAGUGUUAGUACAGAAUUUUAUUCUUGAAGAGUAUGGCGUGUGAUUUUGAAAAAUUAUAUAUUCUCUAUAACAA